AUGCCUUCAACCCCAGGCUCUACCGACCCACCUCAACUUCAGGACUCUACCAAGGUUCCUUUGGGCAUCGCCGGCGUGUUCCGAUCGUUGAGAAGAUUAAACCCGGGGCCUCCAAACCCAGUCCCGGCGACCCCAGCGGCACCCCCGAGCAACGGCAAUCGACCCGGAGAACAUUUCAACGAAGAGGCAGUGGCCAGUGGGCAAGUCUUAGUAGACAAACUCAGGGCGAACAAUUCCUUGAACGACCGUAUCAGUGCGGCCGAAGCUCUAAGGACGAUUGUUGCGGAUUAUCCGGCUUCAGCGGUUACGGAGAUAUGGACGAACGCGCAGGACUUAACCAACGAGGAGAAUCCUCCAGAAGCUCGGCAGGCAGCUUUCAAGCUUCUUACUGCUUGUAUCAAGCAGUACGAACCAUCAGCCCUUGACCGAAUCAAGCUCUACAGGACAGUGGCUCUUCAUAGCUACCCAGAGGACUUCUUCCACCAGUUACAAGCGCUAAUUGCGCUCACGAACGGUGGGAGGGACUUGUCUACAUUUCAGAGGGAGAUCGGGGGCUUGUUAUCCAGGUGGCUAAGGACUUGGUUCAAAGAAUCUACCAUCAUCCGUCAAACUCGCAAACGGGACAGAACCACCAGCGAGAUUCUCUCGAGCGAAGAGUUUUGUUUAAAGGAACUAUUUCAAUUCACAACGGACAUUAUCAAGUUCAACUUCAAAUCUUUCGAAGAGCGCGAGGUGAACCAGCUUCUCACCGAUGUCCUCUCAAUCUGCAGGAAGACGACCAGCAAGAAAGAUAUCGAAUGCUCAAUAGCCUUUAUCGAAACUCUCAUAGCGUACGGUUAUGUUCCACGCCCUGCGCUUAAGCCCUGUAUAGAAGUAUUAUGCGGUGCCUACGCUACACUGAGGGACCUUACUGAUGCCACUUGGAAUGCUGUCAGUAAUCUCUGCAAGAGCUACAUGGCUCAUAACUCCAUACUUGUUUUACGGGAGAUCCUUGAGGCACCUGCCAAUAAUCCACCAGGGAGCAGCAACACAAAUACUCUCAGGGGGGCUGUUUGGUUUUUAGAGAAGCUUUUGAUAGCGAACGAGACGGACGGACUUCCUUCAGUUCAGUUUACCGUUGUCAUGUCCGCCUUUCAAUCCGCCCUCUCUGCCGACAGCAUGCGUCUGGAAUUGGAGAUAAGCAGAGCCAUUGCCGCCAUCUUGGGUAGCAAAGAUGUAGUAUCACAGAUUUCCUCUGACGAGUGGUCUGUUCCUCUCAGCAUUCUCGUGCACUGCUCCCGUCGGGCAACAAGACUGAACCAUGGGUCAACACGCGAAGGUCUAGAGUCUGACGAUACGCCGCAUCCAUAUGAAAACGACGGCGUGGGUGCAGCAAUAUCCCACGCUUUGACUCAGAUCAUUACGCUACUAGAGGUGGCCUGCCUAAAUCCCGAGUUUGAGCAGACCGAGGAGGUGAUGGGCUUCUUUACCAGAGUUCACUCGCAUCUUCCGAAUUCGGCGGCAGAACUGGUCAUCAACUAUUAUUCCACGGAACACCUCUGCUAUCCUUCCUGUGGGGAGUGGUUAGACAACUGUCGCCAGUUGCUUAACGCUUUCUUUAGGGCACGAACCAGGCCCCCUUCCAUGCGAAUCAGCGUCCUACACUUGAUUAAAGGUGUUUACGAGACCAUCAGAGAUGUUUGUGAAGAUGAAGUUUUGCACGCCCUGGUCGUUUCAGUACUUGAGGAUUUUCAAAAUGAGAAGGAUUUAAAGGUGCUGGACGCACUGAUCAAGACAGUGGUGGAUAUUUCCAGCCAUACCAGUAUGAAACUCUUUGAAAUACUCUUGGCCCUAUUUGUCGAAUACAUCGGCCUCGACGGGGGUCUGCCGGACCUACCGCCACCAGGGCAGGGAAGCGGAGCUAGCACAAAAUCGUUAAUAUGCCCGACAGCCAAUGCCAGGAGCUCACAAGGACCGCAAAAAAACAUUGUCACUCGUGGCCUAGUGAGAAUAUUCAUUAAGAAUAUGAAUACCAAUGCAGCCAAGUCAGUGCUGGUAUACGAACAGCUUGUGAAGAUCUCUGGGUCCGUCGACCUAGACCCCAGUGCCCGACUGACGGCAAUGAGGCUUUUAUUUCGCCUGAGGGCUGAUUCCGAGAACGCCAUUUUUAUUAUGGAAAACCCCGGGUCGGAUUAUUUAGCCUCGGUGCUCCAUCGAAUGACGAAAGUUGCUGAUGAGACGGCCUCCAUGGUCUCCAAAGGUGACGGAGAAUCAUCGUCUUCAUCACGCUCCAAUAGAAGCAACUCGGCAUCUCAAACACCAUUCCUCCUCAGAAACUCAAGCCGCCCCGCCGCCGAAAAACAUGAUCACCCCAAGCGAAUGCCUCAGAUUUGGUCAUAUCCGGAACCCAAAGCCCUUCCUGAGAAACCUAUGCAUCUUGCGAGCCCGGUCCUUGUCACCUUCUAUGAUCCACCUUUAGAUUUUCCAAGCAGAGAAGGGCCUUCCCUAGACCCUCGCUUAUGUAUCAGAAUGUCACUCUGGAUGGAGAAAGUUAUCCCAAUUAUACAACAGGGAUGCGAUUGGGAAAUUUACAGCUACGUUCUCGUUCACCUCAGUUCACAAUUGUCGAACAAGACCGCAUUUAGGAAUUGCAAGGCACAUAUAAAAAUGCUGCGCAGCUACGUGUGUGACCAGUUACACACCAAUCGAAUACCCAAUACGGAUCUCUCCCCUGAGGUCAAGAAAGCAGAUAUUGCCGUCGUUCUGAUAAACUUACUUACUACUCUAAUCAGCUAUAAGCAACACUUUGCGAAAAAUGAAACCGAGGGGAUUGUAAAGGCAUUUCAGUUGGGAUUGCACUCAUGGCAGAGGACAGCUAAGCCAUGCAUACAUGCGUUGUCAAUAUGUUGCUAUGAGCUUUCAGGUUCAACAAGCAAAUUCUUACCCGGGAUUUUGACCAAGCUCUCGCAGAUUAUCACAUCUUCCGCAGUCAGUGUACAUAUCCUCGAGUUCCUGUCCGCACUAGCCAAAUUGCCAAAACUCUAUAGCAAUUUCACUGAGCCCGAUUUCCGAAAUAUCUUUGGUAUAGCCUUCCGAUAUAUUCAGCACACAAAGGAAACAACAGCCCAGCAGCAGCUUAUUAAAGUAACCCCUGCCAGCCGCCCCAGCCAAAGUCAAGCAAACCCUGCCGACCUCACCGCCCAAACCGAACAGCCUGACCUACCCCAAUACGUCCUCACAUUAGCUUACAACGUCCUAACAACAUGGUUUCUUUCGCUGCGAUUGCCUGAGCGACCAAAAUACGUUUCCUGGAUUACGCGAGGUCUCGUCUUACAUGAUCAAUCGAACACCGUUGAUGAACAAAGCCAGGCCUGUAUCGAUAUGUUGCAAAGGUUCACCUUCUCGGACAUUGACUUGAAGCCUCCAAAUAAGAUCGAAACCCAAAAAUCAGGAACAGUAUCAAAAAAUUGGUUGCAUAGCUCCUCUAUCCUCUCUAUACAGACAGCCCCUGAUUCCGGUAUCUCAAGGGUUGUCGUCAGGCGAGCACCAGAAUCCAGAGAUCCACACAGCAUGUUGCAGUCAAAAUGGGCCAACAUUCAGGAGGACGUUGACAGUCUUGCCUAUGCGGCUACUGGUGUAGAACAGAAGCAAGAUCGGGUCCUUCCAAGUCAUUUCCUUUUACAAAUAGCUGGGGGUCUCGGACCGUCGGAAGCUAGGCCCAUCUUACUUCCGGAGGACGAAAAGACUCUCCGGGCACUAGACGUCUUUGACAGAAUACCGGUUGUGGACUUCCACAAGAUCGGAGUUGUUUAUGUCGCCGCCGGUCAGACGGAGGAGAAAGACAUACUAUCGAAUGCCAUGGGCUCACCCGACUACACCGAUUUUAUCGACGGCCUUGGCGAUCUUAUUGCUCUGAAGGGUACGGAUAUCAACACCGGAGGCCUAGAUCGCGAGAACAACCUUGAUGGCGAGUUUGCUUUUUUCUGGAGCGACCGUAUUACACAAAUCAUCUUUCAUAUCACGACAAUGAUGCCAAUGGUGGAUGGUGACCCCCAAUGCACCAUGAAAAAGCGACACAUUGGCAACGAUUUUGUCAACAUCGUCUUCAACAACUCCGGGCUCCCCUGGAGGUUUGGAACGAUACCCAGUCAGUUCAACUUCGUUAGCAUAAUCAUCACGCCCGAGGCGCGCUCAGGGUUUGUGUCAUCGCGUUUGCUGAGGAAGGGGUCUGGAGAUAGGACAUUUUAUAGGGUUCAGAUGGUGUGCAAGGAAGGGUUUUCGGAAAUUAGUCCCGCUCAGGAGCCUAAAAUCGUCUCGGAAUCAUCACUCCCGGCGUUCGUUCGUAAUCUCGCACUCAACGCAAGUGUCUAUUCAUACGUCUACAAUGAAGGCGGCGGAGAACAUAUCUCCAACUGGAGGCAUCGUCUAAGGAGCAUCGCCAAAUUGAGAGAACGGACCUCCGCCGCGUCCCCGGGAUUGGGCGGAAACGGUGGACCAAUCGGCAGCGGUGGCGGCGGAACAACGAGCCCCGGGCAGAACUCGACUGCUCCAGGGUCAAGGCGUGUUUCGACGAUGAGUGCACAGACUUCGGUGUCGGAUCAUAGCUAUAGAAAUUCGGCCCAUAUGAAUGGUGACACAGAUCAAUCUGAAACAGAGGAUCUGUUAAUGAGCCUUGACUUUAGCAGAUUCACUUAG